UUAUUUUUGCAACACUGUGUUUAACCUUUUUUGCGCGUUAACAGCGACAUAACAGCGGCAGAAUUCAAGUUGCAAUGGCGGCCAACAAGGAGCGUACUUUCAUCAUGGUUAAGCCCGAUGGUGUCCAACGUGGACUCGUGGGCAAAAUUAUCGAGCGCUUCGAACAGAAGGGUUUCAAAUUGGUUGCCCUGAAGUUCACCUGGGCCUCCAAGGAGCUGUUGGAGAAGCACUACGCCGACUUGUCUGCCCGCCCCUUCUUCCCCGGUUUGGUCAACUACAUGAACUCCGGUCCAGUGGUUCCCAUGGUGUGGGAGGGUCUUAAUGUUGUCAAGACUGGCCGUCAAAUGUUGGGCGCCACCAACCCCGCCGAUUCCUUGCCUGGCACCAUUCGUGGUGAUUUCUGCAUCCAAGUUGGCCGUAACAUAAUCCACGGCUCGGAUGCCGUUGAAUCCGCCGAGAAGGAAAUUGCUUUGUGGUUCAACGAGAAGGAGUUGGUCACCUGGACCCCAGCUACCAACGACUGGGUCUACGAAUAGAUUUCUUGUCGCCCAGCUUCAAUAUAACUUAAAACAUCUAUACAGAGAUUCUUCUAAAGAAAUAAAAUUCCAGAAAUAUGUAUUUAUAUAUGUAA